AUGAACUUUGAAUCCGCUGCAUCCUCGCCGUAUGCUUCUCGACCAGGCUCGCCAGGACGACGCGGUUCCGGCUUUGGUGCGCCAGGAGGUAUCCACUCUGGUCGCGCCAGUGGCGUCUCAUCUCCGGCCUCGGUCAUUUCCAAUAUAGCAGCGCCCAGUCAUGGCUUGCGACACAGUUCCAGUUCUGGGAGCUUGGGUGGUUUCGCCGGCUUGAGCAUGACUGGGAUAAACCCACACCACGCCCAGUCUUCGCCCCGCAGCGGAGGGGUCGCCAUAGGCCAGCAUCCUGCUGCCAGUAGUGCGAGUGCCGGUCAACCAUUUCCGAUGGGGUUCAGUCCAAUGGCCCAAUACUCUGCUUUGGGAGCAGCAAUGCCUCAGCAAAACCAAUUCAUGCCGCAGCAGCAACACCAACAUGUGCAGGGCAUGCCCCAGCCCCAAAUACCUCAAAAUUCCGGCGCAGACUCGUCCAAUCCUGCACUCGCCUACGCCAACGCCCAGCUUUCAUAUUACGCCCUCGCUGCCCAGCGGUCCCCUUCCAAUCCGGCUUUGGGUGGAUUCAGCGUCGCUGGGCCAGGAAUUCAAGGCGCACCUCCAAAUCUCAACCCUCACGCCCUCAGCAGCGCUCUUUCCGACUAUUCGAAUUCCUUGCCUGGAAGCGCGGCUAGCAGUCCCGGAGCCGCUCCUCGGAGGUUGCCGACUAGCGGUGCAGCGACUGGCGCGUCCACUCCAGGAGGUCUGAAUGCGCAUCAGGGCAACAACAGCAGGUUUGCUGCGAGCGCUGUCACUGGCAAAAGGCUCAAUUGGAGCGAGAUGAUAUGCCAGGUGCGUCUGAGAUAGGAUCGCCCUAGGCAGCUUGUCACCACUUCUGAUAGUCUUCGCCUCUGCUCUUGCUCGCCCUCCGCAUUUCAUCGCAUGCUUCGCGUACCCUGCAGACCAUUGCCGAGUCAGAUCAGGGCAAGCUCGUCAUUCAGGACCUCUUCGAGCAGAUGUGCACCAAAUUCCCCGAGAUCAGGGAGUGGGCGUUCGGGAAAGAUUGGGAGGUAAGUGCUGGCAUUUUGUAGACUUGCUUCGGCUCGUUGCCUUGGCCGCGCUGACAGCCGAGCAAAUCACGGGCGCACAUUCAGGCGAGAGUAAAGAAUCGAAUCAAAUCAACGCUUUCCAUAAAGGGCAACCUAUUCGUCAAAGUACCGCGUCCAUCCUCCGCAGCCGGCAAGGGCAGCUGGUGGACGCUUAGCGCGGAAGCCCAAGAGGCGUGGAAGACGGGUCGCGUUGCAUCUGUGGUCAAGGGCAAUACAGGACAUACGCGCAGCUCGUCUAGCAAGAGCAUCGACGGACACGCGCUUGCCAUGUCAUCCACUGCCAAUAGCCGCACAGCUAGCAGAGCACCCAGUCGUGGUUCUAGUAGGAGGGGAAGUCCUGUCAGCUCUCGAGGACCGAGUUCACAGCAUGCCCAGAGAGAGUCUCAGCACGUAAAUGCUGCUUCGACAAAGUUGCAAGCCAUGCAGCAGCUCGAUGGCACACGAGCACCUGCGGCACCUUCUGCGCCGCAAGGCUUUGGGUCUCCCCACGAUCACGUUGGCCCUCAGCACAGUGUACAGCCGUCGAAUCCACACUCCAGCUCUCUAA